AUGUUGUGUGCCCCCCUACUCCCAACCGUUGUCGGCGCCACACACAUGCUCAAGAUCUUGCUGCUCUGGAUUGCCGCGGAGACGUCCUGCUUCACCGCAUUCCGUUCUGGCGAGAUCUGGUACGACACAAGCGGCGCACCCAUUGACGCGCACGGCGGCGGCUUCCUUUUAGACCGCGGCGUGUAUUACUGGUACGGCAGUGCCCGGAACGGGAUGAACCCGGCGUGCUGCCACGACCAUGGGAUCAACCUGUACACGUCCACCGAUCUCUACAGCUGGACGCACCGAGGGCUCCUCCUGCACGCGUUCAACGGCUCCUCCACUGGCAAUACUUGGCACACGUUCAACGGCUCCUCCGUUCGGCGGCCGUACGUCUUCGGUCCCCUGGAGCGGCCCAAGGUGAUACGAUGCGCAGGCACCGGCCGGUAUGUCAUGUGGGUGCGCGGCACCGGCGAGCUCAACGAUCCCCAGCUGUUGGCCGUUGCGACGAGUGAUGCGCCGACGGGCCCGUUUCGCUUCGUCGGUGACCAGACGGACCCCUUCCACACCGUCUACCCAGGCAACCCAAACCUACCGGCCGGCUAUCAGUACGGAGAUGCCACGCUGUUUCAGGAUCCGCGCACGGGCCGCGCCUACGUAUACUGGCGCACACGCGUGAACCCGCAGCACACCGGCUUUCGCGGUAUGGAGCUGACAGAGGAUUGCACCGACGUCCGCCCGGGGAGCGACACGCAGCUCUUCGUGACCCCCAACCGAGAAGCGCCGGCCGUCUUCUUUGCAAACGAACGCUUCUACCUCUGGUUGAGCGGCUGCAAAGGCUGGGCGCCAACCGCGACGUACCUAUACACGGCACCAACCGCCCUCGGUUGCUUCAACUGCUCGGGCUUGAACAACUCGAAGGGCUGGCUCGUCGGCUGGCAGCCGCCGCCCAUCCCCGAGCCCGGGCAGCCGGGCAACCGAAAAAGAAAACGGCCGGCCGCCUGGGCCUUUGGCAGCCAAAGCACCUAUGUCCUCGCCAACCCUCUGUACCGGGAGGGCUCGGCGCUGGCGCCGUUUGUGUAUAUGGCCGAUCGGUGGACGCCGAGGAACAACGUAUCGUUUGGCACCUACGUGUGGCUGCCGCUCUUCAUCGACCCGCAAAACGCGUCGAGGCCCGGGGCCACGCGGCCGGGCACCAGGCCUUCGAUGGCGGCCUCGCCCGCCAUCGACCUGGGAGAGCCGCUCGCGGCUUUGUUCAAGCGCGCGCGCGUCGCCGACAGCCUCUACCGCAGGUAUGAGGGGCGGCUCGCGGAGCUGGGCAUUGGCGAUGCUGGCGACCUCCUCGACGAGGUCGCUGAGAAGGGCAUCGGCUCGCUCGACAUCCACGACCGCCAGGCGGAGAAGCUCCGCCAAGCUCUUCUCGGCCGGCGGGGCUGGGGGGACGCAGCUGCGGUCUUGGCAUCCCUCAGCGGCUUGUCGCUGGGCGACACCCCGGCUGGGGUGGCGGCUGGCGAUCAGGCGGCUGGUGGCGGGGCAGCGGCUGGCGGCGAGGGCCGCGGCGGCGCGCGCCCCGAAGAGGCGGACGGCGGUGCCUGCGACGCGCAGGCCGCUGAAGGUGGGUCCGGAGGUGGGACCGAGGGAUCCAGUUUGGACCCCUUGGAGCCCGCGCUGCCGGAGAGCGGCGAUGGGACGAUCACCGCCGCGGGGGGGGAGGAGGAGGCGGGCGAGGCGGCUGCUGAGGCGUUGGCGGAGGCGGCGGUCGACGCCGUCUACGGGGCGCUCGUGGCGGCGACGCUCGAGGAGUGGGCGGGCGCGAGCACGGACAACCCCGUCUCCGCGGAGGACGCUCGAGGCCCAGGCCUCGAGUGUCGGGAUUGCUUUGAGAACUUCUACAAGGAGUAUGACGUGGAGCCUUGGCUCUGGCGCCGGGCGUUGCGUGAGGGCUGGUCGGAGCUGGGGGGCUGGUCGAGAGAGGAGAUGGAGGCGGCGGAGAAGGAGAUCUGGCGCGGCGAGAGUUCUGAGAUCUCUCAGCUAGGCGAGUGGGUCUGCGAUGGUUGCCUGGAGGGCUAUUUGGGGGGGGGCUUUGGCGACUACUCGGAGCUGCGCAGCGGCUACGUUGCGCCGUAUCCGAGUAACCCCUGGAUAGGUCGCUCGCGCGACCUCUCCUGGAUGCGCAAGGGGCCCAUUGGGGUCACGCGGAGGGAGGCGCUGUUAGCGGCGGAGGAGGCGAAGGCGGCCGCGCGGGCGGCGGAGAAGGCGCGGGCGGCGGAGGGGGGGAAGGGCGGCGGCAGCGGGCGGCAGCGUGUUUUCAUGGCCGGUUUGGGCGUGAUCGAUACGGGCGUGAUCGAUACUUUUGGGGCGGAGAUUGUCGACGCAAGCGAGCCACUCGAGCCUAGCUUUGAGAUCCAGACGGGGAGCGCGCAGAUCGUUCUCAAGGGCGAGGACGCGUACGGCUCGCGCAAGCUCGUGCUUGAGUCCUCCGACGAGCUGCACGUGACAUUUGUAUGUGACGGCCAUGGCGGUGCCGCCGCGGCGCAGCUGUGUGCCGACAAACUGUUGCCGAUUCUCAUCGAGGAGGCGCGCGGCGACGGCUCGACAGCCAGCCUGCAGCGCGCCGCGACAAGAGCGUGCGCAAGGCUGCACGCCGAGGCGCGGGCGGCUUCGACUGCUGGCAGCACCCUCACCUGCAUCAUCGUGCACCCGGGGCGGCGCGAAGUGACGGCGUUCAAUCUGGGCGACUCGGCGGCGUGGAUGGUUCCCCGAGACGGCUCCGCCGCCACCCUCCUCGCCGAGGUCCCUGCGUUUGCGUGCGGGCCGGUCCUCCGUGCUACUAGGAUCGUGCAGCACUACUGA